AUGAUGAAUCUCUUGCCCCGACUCGUCGCACGUGAUGACAACAAUGGUGGACUCUCCAAUGCUAUGGUCGACCUUCUGAUUGCUCUCCUCGUUCUGGUUCUGCUCGCCCUCGCUCUCGUUGGUGGUCUUAUGGUCCUUCGCCGCAAGCGUACCUCGCGCAAGGAAUCCCUGCUCCCCGUCUACAACGGUCAAAGCCCUCCCAACAACCGUCGCUUAACCAUUUCUACGAAUAAGAACGACUCCGUCCUAGUGUAUGACGAGAAGCGCAGCCUUAUGGAGAACUCCGACAGCCCACCACCUAGCCCUGUGCCCGAGAUUCGCAUUACAUUCCCCGAAGAAGAGGAUGAGAGCGGCAAGCGCAAGUCUGGCCGCAUGGUGGUAGUUCGUAUCAGUGACGCCGGCAGUGUCGGCCUGGAGCCUUGCCAUGAAGAGCUCCCACCCUACCAGACCAGCGAUGCCGACCGCUUCCAGUCUCUCGACAUUGAGCGGAUGGGCGGCUUGAAGGAGAAGGAAAUGAAGACAUACUCCUAG